AUCAAUUAAUAAACCAAUAAUGAUAUACAAAAAUAUCAAAAGCAAGGAUUGGGCAUGUUUCGGGGUGACCACUGUAGUGCUGCUGGUGUGCUUCACCCUAAUCACAACCUUCUCGGGAUUCGUGCACGAGCCCCAGAGAUACAGGAUGAUAAUGGUGACCAUUGUCCUGGUGGUGUUUUUCCAGUAUCUCGUCUUGGAACCCCUCCGAAUCCUGGUGAUGGCCAUCGAUUACGCCACUUGGCCGCAGGAGGAACAGCCGCACAAGGCGGAGAAGGGAAUGCCCCAGCAGAAUCAUAUCGCCUACCUGAAAAUCCGGCUACGCAGUCUGCGAUCCGAGCUCCUGAUCACCGAGGGUCACAAGAACGAGACACUGAAUCGGAGAUACAAACAAAUCACUGGGGACCUCGCGCUCUACGGACUCCUCUUCAUUACCCUGAUGGUAAUGGUGGUGACCCAGGAGGACCAGAACCAUUACUUCAACACCAACAAUAUGCACCGACUUUUCUGGGACAACACAUCGGUCACCUUCGGCCUGUCGCAGAUAUACUUCCUUUACCAGAUCCACAAUUACCUCAAGAUAACCAUGGUCGAAGGAUUCUUUACUCCGAGCGUCCACCACGUCGAAGGCUGGUGGGCCAUAGAGCAGUGGCAGAAGAUCGGAGUGGUGCGCCUGCGCCAGGUGCGUCCUGUGAACACCCGGAUCGGAUUGGAGGAGCCGAAGUGGGACCAAACCACGUACGCGCCCGAGUGGCGGCUGCCAUACCAACGACUGCACUACACGGACAAGUUCUGGCGAAUUUACGAUCCCUUCAGGCCGGUCGACAUCGAGCCCGGUUUCCUGGACGGACUGCUGCUCAAUUUCCAUCAUCACGGCUACAUGUAUAACUACCCGGAACUCGGUGGCUACGUGAUGCUGAUGAUGGCAACGAAGGUGAACUGCCUGAAGCAGAUUGAAUACCUGCGGAAAUACAAUUGGCUAAACGAAAAUACUUCGGCGCUGUUCAUCGACUUCACGAUGUACAAUGCGGAUGCGAAUGCAUUCUCGGUGAUCACUUUGCGGCUGGAGAACACUCCGUUCGGACUGCAGAUAUCCCGACUCCAUGUGGACACCGUCCAGAUGCUGGCCACUGUGGAAAUGACGAGAACGGUAGACCUUCUGGUGGUGGUCUUUUACGCCAUCCUGGUCAUCCAGUUCGCCCGCGGACUUCUUUCCAAGCUCUGGCACGAUCCGGGCUGCAUCCGCCAAAUCUGGACAAUGGUGGACCUGACCAUCUGCGUGCUGAACGGCUUACUGGUGGGCCUGACCAUCAUGCGGAACAUUGAGACGGACCUUCUGCUGGACAUGAUCGAGACGUACACCAAGGGGCAGUACCUGGACUUCCAGCGCCCGUUGCGCCUCCACCAACUUCUGGCCAUCGUGAAGGGAUUCCUGGUCAGCAUCACCACGCUGCGGCUGUGGAAGGUCCUGCAGUUCGCCUCCGUCUUCCAGCACUUCACCCAGACGCUCUUCUGCGCCUGGCGUGCGGUGGCCAGUCUGGGCCUGAUCAUCCUUAUCGUCCUCAUGGGCAUCGGCAUAGCACUGGCCGUUCCAAAUGGGAACAACGCAGUGGUCUUCCAUCACGUCAUCACGGCCGUUGUCACCUGCUUGUGGUACUCCGUGGGCUACAACGCGGGCCUCAGGCCCACGGAAUUCUUCCACGGAGGACUCGUGCUGGGGAUGUUGCUCUACUUGGUGCUGGUCUUCCUGCUGGCCAUCAUCCUGUUGAAUGUGUUCGCCUCCGUCAUCUACGACUACUUCAAUGUGACGGGCAGGGACCUGAAGGAACAUUUGGGCCGGAAGCACAUCUCCUUCCUGGACUUCCUUCGCAUCGAGUACGUGGAUGUGUGGGGUCGCUGUUUCAAGUGCAUGCGGAGGAGUUACCAGAGCAACGGACGCACAGUGGCUCAGAACGUGGAAAUCGGGCUAAAGGAGCAGGAGGUGGCAAAGACAGAAAAGGAAAAGAGAGGAUGGCGCGAGAAAAAGCUCUCCGACGAGGAGCAACAUGAGGAUUACCUGAGACGCGGCGAGCGGAUGUUCAAGCUCAUGGCUAUCCUGAACGUCCAGGUCGAGAUCCUGGAGCGCUUGAUGCUGGGCGACAAGGAGGGCAAUCUGCCCACUCCGCCCACAUCCGAUUCCGAUCCCGAGGAUAUGCCAGAAAUGUAUCGCAAGCGCCCAAGUAUUGCACGCUAGUCGGACUUGGGAUCAUCUCAUUAUGUCUUAAAACUGUUUGUAUGUUCGGAAUGGGGCUUUGCAAUGGCUUAUUUAUUCUGUUCUGGUUUCAGUUUCAUUAUCUUCAUUUUCUUUAAAAUGUAGUAACUGUAUAACACGAUAUUUGUAAAACUACCCAUCGAAUCCUGAGGAAACUGACAUACAAUCUCUUGACAAAUA